AUGCCUAAACGUAAGCGCGCGAAUGAUGAGGGAUAUGGAAGGAAAAGACAAUUUUUAGGAAGGUAACCAUCAUUUAGAGUUGCAAAUAGAAGCAAGGUCAAGAAAGUCGAGCUGCUCAACCUUGGCGCCUUUGUCCAUAAACAAGGUUGGUACAACGCUGGCUACAUUUUCCCUAAUGGCUACACAGCCAAUGUCGAAUACAAAGACAUAAUCGACCCAAAUAUCAAGAUCCCUUAUCUCUGCGAAAUUAUAGAUAACGGUGGUAAGCCUUGGUUUCAAGUCACUUCUAAUACAGUCAACACCACUUUUGCCGGGAAAUCUCCUACAGCCUGCUGGAAGCAAAUUUUAGAUUGCAUCAAUGAAACUCUCAGAUCAAGAAAUCAGCCAGUGGUCAAAACUCAGGUGGCAGGCCCAGAGUACUUUGGAUUAAACGACCCAAAGAUAGUUGAACAAAUAGAAAGCCUCGACCCUACCAAGUCUUGCGAUGUGUACUGGGCUGAAAAAGAAAAUAUCCUUAAGGCAAGAGAAUUAUAUGAAAAUGUCCACCCAAAAUCAGACAAAAAAUGCAGGAAAAGGAGAAAAGAAGACGAAGAAGACGUCCGGCUAAACGAAGACGACAAUAAAGAAAACUAUAGAGGAGCCUGGUCUGCGAUCCAGAGAAAUGAAAGAUAUAUUCAAAGAUGUGAAAAAAUGGGAGCAGAAGUCCUGGUAGAAAGUGAUAACCCAUUGCCGGAGUAUCAAGAUCCUAUUACUUUACAGCCGGUAAUAGCGCCUGCGCUGUCACCAUAUGGGCAUGUGGCUGGGUAUUAUUCGUGGACACAGGCUUUGAAAGAGACUAAUGGGUACUGCCCAUUCACAAAACUGCCACUAUCAAUUGAAUCCAUCACGAAGCUAACAAAGCAAAAUUUCAGUCUUUAUAAAGACCAUAUACUUUAUUAA